CAACCAAACAAAGGGUGUUUAAAUUUUAUUGAUAUUUUCCUUUACAUUCCCCUUAUCUUAUUUAAUUGUUGUUUUCGAGUUACUUCAACAGCAUUGAUUUAUGAAUUAAAUAUGAACCAGGAGUGUAAAGACUUGAUUGUUAAAAAUUUCGUCAACUUGAUGAAAAAAUGUGAUGUAGAAAGGCUCAAGAAACCAUUGAUAGACAAAGGAAUUUUUACAGAAAAAGAAAUAAACGAAAUAUUUAAGUCAAAUGAUGCAAGACACAAUAAAAGAGUAUUCUUCUUUAGAGUCCAAGAUAAAGUCAAUAGUUUUAUUCCAUUGUUAGAAUCCUUAAGAGAAACUCAUCAAGAUAAUAUUGUUGACUUGUUACUAAGAAGAGGAGCUACUGUUUUUAAUCAACCAUCACCUGAUGAAGACUCUGGAGAACCCAGCAUAGUAGAUUUAAGUUUACUGUCAAUAGACCCCUCAACUACCCCUCUUAAAAUUGAUGUUAAGUAUUCUGAUAGUUUCUAUGAUACUCUUGACUAUAAUGGUGACAUAGAUUUCUACAAAUCUAGAUCAAAGAAGAGAGGAAGGGUUUUAAUUAUUAAUAAUUAUGAGUUUAACCAUAAAGAUCAUCCAUACAGGAAUGGAGCUAAAGUAGAUGACGAAAAUUUAAAGAAGUUAUUCAACCAGAUGGGUGGUUGGGAUUUGGAUCAUCAUAAUAAUAAGACUGCUUCUGAGAUGCAUAUGAUAAUAAAAAAUUUUGCUGACAGUCAAAUUAAUUAUUUAUAUGAUAUAUGCUUUAUCAUUAUAAUGAGCCAUGGAGGAGAAGAUAACAAUGAUACAAUAAUAUAUGGAGUCGAUGAAAAUGUAAAUGACAACUAUGUGCGUGUUACUCAAAUUCAAAAAAUAUUUUCCAAUGAAAAAUGUAAGAGUUGGAGGUCCAAACCAAAAGUCAUGAUUUUUCCAGUUUGCAGAGGUAAAGAAAUUCAAAUCCCCAUUAAACAUGAACUCAGAACAGAGACAGAUUCUAUUUUUCCUACUCGGCAAUCCACUCAAGCUACAAAUACCAACAUUUCUAUAAAUAUGAGACCUGAAGAAGAUAUGCUAAUUGGUUAUUCGACUUUACUUGGUUAUAAAGCACACAGAGACUAUAAUCGAGGUUCUUGGUACAUAGAACUGUUAUGCAGAGUUUUUAUGAACCAUGCCCAUAAUCUUACGGUGGAUAGCCUAAUGAUGAAGAUAGAUCAAGAUUUGAGAAGGAGAAUGUCAGAAAACAUGUCAAUGCAAACAGCAGAAUACAGAAAUCGAGGAUUUAAAAGAUUGUACUUGCAUCCUGGCUUGUAUUUCGAAGAUAAUGAAAAAAAGAAAUAUUACAAAAGAAAUUAGUUUAAUUAUUUAAUAGUUUUUUAAGUAAUCAAUUUUUGUAUUGCAUAGUUUUAUUUGGGACAAAACUACGUUUCAUUUUA